UAUAAUGAGUGUGGUAAACCCUUUGCACGAAACAGUUAUCUCUUAAGCCAUAAAAGAACACACACUGGAGAGAAACCUUAUGAAUGUAACCAGUGUGGUAAAGCCUUUUCACGAAACAGUACUCUCAUACGGCAUAAAAGAACACACACUGGAGAGAAACCUUAUGAAUGUAACCAGUGUGGUAAAGCCUUGGCAGAAAACAGUAAUCUCUUAAGCCAUAAAAGAACACAUACUGAGGACUGA